AUGUCUUCAUCAGCUGCUAUCAUCGGCUCUACGGGCCUUGUCGGCUCAAACAUUCUCUCGAUUCUACUUGCUUCUGAUAUUUACAGCCCUGUGCACACAAUCACUCGACGCGCUCCCAAGGCAACAUCAUCACUGCUCAAUGCGGUAGUCGACAGUGACACCACCAAGUGGGCAGACCUACUCACUGGUCUCUCUCCCAAGCCCUCUAUCGUUUACUCUGCCCUCGGCACUACUCGGGCGGCGGCAGGAGGAAUCCAAAAUCAGUGGAAGAUCGACCAUGACUUGAACAUUGAACUUGCAAAGGCAUCCAAGGCCGCAGGUGUGUCGACAUUCGUCUUCAUCUCAAGCGCAGGUACACGCUCCUUCAUCGGAGCCUCUUCACCUUACGGAAAGAUGAAGAAUGGGGUCGAAGACGCAAUCAAGGAGAUGGACUUUGAGCAGGCAGUGAUUCUCAAGCCAGGCAUGAUCAUGGGCGCGAGGGAGACGAGCCGUCUUGCUGAGGGCAUAGCUCAGAGCGCAAUCAAUGGUCUUGGAAGCCUAAGUUCUGGUUUCAGAGAUAGCAUCGGCCAGGACGCCGAUGUCAUUGCCAAGGCGGCUAUUAGAGCUGCGCAAUUGGCAAAGGAGGGCAAGGCCCCAAGCAAGUACUGGAUUCUCGAGGGAAGCGAUAUCAUCAAGCUGGGCAGGACUGAGUGGCCGGGUGCUCAGACCACAGUUGCGGGGACCAAGACGGAAGCAACCGCAUAG